CAUCUUGUGUGGAAGGCAAUGGAGGGAGACAUCUAAAUCACCUCCCCUCCACAGACCGCCCAAAUUUAUAUUUUUUCUAUUCAACCUGCAAUGGCUUUAUCCAAAUGCUCCUCUCCUCUUCUUCGAACCUCUUCCUUCUUCCCCCUCUCUCAAAUUUCUUCACAUAGAGAGGAGAAUAAACGACAGCAGCCAUUUUAACCAUGCCAGUUUCCUUCUCUGCUUCUUCUUCUUCACCUCUGCCCACUGCUUCCUCUCCUUCCUGCAGAUUCUCAACUCCAAAACGACCCAGAACCCAUUUCUCAUACCCUCUCCUCGCCCCCAAUCCCCUCUCCAAGAAGAAGGUCAACUAUACAUUCCUCCGGACAUACCCACACCGCGGCCGACAGCGCGAUUUCCCCUCCUGCGCCGCCAUUGCAGGACUCGAUUUCGGCAACUUGGAGUCGGUCUUCGAAGCAGCCGGAGUAUUGACAGCUAUCAUAAUCGUGCACGAGAGCGGCCACUUCCUCGCCGCCACCCUCCAGGGGAUCCACGUAAGUAAAUUCGCAGUUGGGUUCGGUCCGAUUUUAGCCAAGUUCAAUUCCAACAAUGUGGAAUACUCGCUUAGAGCUUUCCCCUUAGGUGGGUUCGUGGGUUUCCCUGAUAACGAUCCCAAUAGCGAUAUUCCAGCGGACGACGAGAAUCUGCUCAAGAAUCGGCCGAUUCUGGACCGGGUAUUAGUGAUUUCAGCUGGUGUAGUUGCUAAUAUCAUUUUCGCCUACGCGAUUAUCUUGGUUCAAGUUUGUUCGGUUGGUUUGCCUGUUCAAGAGGCAUUUCCUGGUGUUCUUGUCCCUGAAGUUCGACCCUUCUCUGCUGCUUCUCGAGAUGGGUUGCUUCCUGGUGAUGUUAUCGUCUCUAUCAAUGGUUCGGAAGUGCUUAAACCCGGGGUUAAUUCGGUCUCUGAGGUUGUCGAGGUCAUUAAGAUGAACCCCAAGAGAGACGUGGUACUGAAAGUGGAGAGAGGGAAGCAGGAUUUUGAGAUUAAGGUAACCCCAGAUGAGAGCUUUGAUGGAACUGGUCGAAUCGGAGUUCAGUUGUCGCCGAAUUUCAAAAUCGAUAAGGUUGUAGCUAGGAAUAUCAUGGAUGCGUUUAACUUUUCUGGAAGGGAAUUUGUGGGUCUUACUUACAGCGUUCUAGAUAGCUUGAGGCAGACUGUGAUGAACUUCUCACAGACUGCAAGUAAAGUUGCAAGCCCUGUAGCUAUCAUUGCAGUUGGUGCUGAGGUUGCUCGGUCGAAUGUUGAUGGGCUAUACCAAUUCGCGGCACUGCUCAAUUUGAACUUGGCUGUGAUUAACCUUCUCCCUUUGCCUGCUCUGGAUGGAGGGUCCUUGGCAUUGAUUGCUGUGGAAGCAGCGAGAGGUGGGAGGAAGCUACCUUUGGAAGUGGAGCAGCGAAUUAUGUCAUCAGGGAUUACGUUGGUUUUGCUUAUCGGGAUGUUCCUCAUUGUCAGGGAUACAUUAAACCUAGAUUUCAUAAGAGAGAUGUUGUGAUCGAUUACUGUCAUGAGGGUUUUCGAAGCUGAAGAAUGAAGGCAACCAAUGUGGAUAUGACACAGAAUGGCGGCUAGUUGUAGAAUUGGUGUACAAUUGGUUUGGUUUCUUCGUCCAGAUGAGUUUUGGAAGAGGUAUUUCCCAUUCAUGAAUCAAUUGUCAAUAUCUUGUUGUUUGGAAAUUAGUGUCAACUUGUUGAAUGAACCGUUUUCUGGUACAGUGUCUGUAAUUCUUAAAUGAGUCAAAAGGAUGAUAGUGAAUUAGUGAUGAUACCAAACUCUUCCACAACAUCUUAAUCCUUGUUAUUUCAAUUCGGGCACUAAUCGGUUGUCCAUUGGCAGUCUGGGUGUUCAAAUGGUUACCAUGGUUAUAACCAAACCAAAUAAGGCUAAAUUCCGUUA